GAAAUGAAAAAAGAAUAAUUCAAGAUUGUAUGGAAAAAUUAAUAUUUUGAAUUUAAGAUUAUGAUGAGUAGUCUACAAAGUGUUGGGAGUAGUGGAAGAACAUCAACAAGUGAUGAUAAUAAUAAUAAUAAUAAUAAUAUUAAUGAUGAAGAUCAAGAGAUGACAAAAUUGGCAUUGGCUUCAUUUCAAGCUAGAGAAGAACAAAUUGAGAGGAAAAAAAUGGAGGUGAAAGGGAAAGUUGAGUCUCAACUUACCCGGGCUGAGGAAGAAACUAGGCGUUUGGUUCGUGUUUGGGAGGAGCUUGAAGUGUUGACAGAUCCAAUGAGAAAAGAAGUUGCAAUGGUACGCAAGAAAAUUGAUGUGAUUAAUCGUGAAAUUAAAUCACUUGGACAAUCAUGUCAAAAAAAGGAGAAAGAAUAUAGAGAAGUUUUAGAAGCUUUCAAUGAAAAGAACAAUGAGAAAACUCAGCUAACAUCUACUCUUGUUGAGUUGGUGAAGAAAAGUGAGAAACUCAGAAUGGGGAAGCUAGAGGAACUAAGCAAAGUUUUAAAUCCCAAAAGCUAGUAAAUGUUAUUAUACAUAUUCUCUAUGUAUUAUAGAUACCAAUUUAUUUUUAACUUUCACUUCAUAUUUCUUCAAAUAAUGUACCCCUAAUUCCGUCCCUUGAUUUGAUUUUUCACCAUUUGUUGAGAUUGUAAAAAACAACAAACUGAGAUUUGUUUUGUUUUACUCUU